CGCGGGCCCCGUGCCGCCCUUCCCCAUGGAGGACAGCGGCCUGCCGGCUGCGGGCGGGGAGCAGGGGGAGCUGGGCCAGAGCCUGCUGUCGCCGGUGCCCACCGAGCGCCCUGCUGCGCCUAGCAGGUCCUUGCCGCUGGCCCACAGGCCCCUGAGCAGGAGGCACGGGCUCACCAAGCUGUGCCAGAGCAGGAUGACACUCUCAGAAGACCGCUGGAGCUCCUACUGCCUGUCCUCGCUGGCGGCCCAGAACAUCUGUGCCUGCAGGCCGCUGGGCCCCCCCACGCCUGAGCAGGCUGACCAGGGGGGCUCGCUGGCCAGCACGUCCUGCUGCUCGCUGCUGCGGGGCCUGUCCUUGGGCUGGCCGGCGCCCCUGCUGCCCACCCCGGCGUGCAACCCCAACAAGGCCGUGUUCACCGUGCACGCCAAGACCACGGAGAUCCUCGUGGCCAACGACAAAGCUUGCCGGCUUCUGGGCUACAGCAGCCACGACCUGAUCGGCCAGAGGCUCACGCGGUUCUUCCUGAAGCCGGACCCCGAGGUGGUGCAGGCCCUGAGCGAGGAGCACGUGGAGGCGGACGGCCACGCCGCGGUGGUGUUCGGCAGCGUGGUGGAUGUCGUGAGCCGCGGCGGGGAGCGGGUGCCGGUGUCCGUGUGGAUGAAGAGGGUGCGGCGGGAGCAGCGCCCGUGCUGCGUGGUGGUGCUGGAGCCGGUGGAGCGGCUGUCGGCCUGGGUGGCCUUCCACGGCGACGGAACCAUCACAGCGUGUGACGGCCUCUUCGCCCGCCUGCUCGGCUUCGCGUGCGCGGAGGACGCGGCCGGACAGCGCAUCACGGAGCUGAUCCCUUCGCUGCAGCUCCCCAGGCCCGGGGGACUCGUCCCGCAGAGUCUCAGGAUCCAGAGGUCUGUCGGGAGAGCCACAGACGGCACCACCUUCCCCCUGAGCCUGAAGCUGAAGCCUGCGCCCAGCGGCGAGGGGGCGGCGGGCGGCGGGGCCCCCCCGGGCGGCUACUCGGCCUCCGUCUGGGUGUUUUCCACCAUCAGCGGUCUCAUCACUCUCCUCCCCGACGGCACCAUCUAUGGCAUCAACCACAGCUUCGCGCUGAUGCUGUUCGGCUACGGGAAGGCUGAGCUCCUGGGCAAGAACAUCACCUUCCUGAUUCCCGGCUUCUACGGCUGCAUGGACUUCAGCUAUGAUGGCUCCCUGGCCCUGCCGGACCUGACCAACAGCCUGGACACUGAGGAUCAGGGUGUGCCAGAGGAGAGAGCCGCCCACCCCCUGCCAGGCUGGUGCCUUGCCGAGGCAGCCCAGGGUCCUCCUGCCCGCCUCGUGCUCGCCAGUGACCCAGAUCGGCCUCCAGCCGAGACCCUGCAGCCUGUGGGAAGCCAGGGAGCCUUGACCGGGACCCAGGCCCACACGGACCACGGGGGCCACCCUGACGCCCCCCUGUUUGCACCCGCCCCGGGGGCGGACGGCCUGCCUGGAGGGAGCCCCCCGGCCCGGGGCGGGUGGACGGCAGUGGAGAACCAGCAGCAGCGCACAGCCCGGGGUGAUGUUGAGCCCCCAGCGCUGGGACGAGGCGGGCCUGGCCCCACCGGCUCUCCGGCUGGUUCUGAAAGCCUAGCCCUCACCGCAGCCGGCAGCUGGCAUGUACACACGCCCAGGGCCUGGACAGGCCUCAGCAGGGCCGACAGCCCCGAGCCCGGGCCCCACACCGCUGGCCAGCUGACGGGACCCAAGGUCCAGGGGGACACGCGUCAGGGAGGCCCAAACCUGGCCUCUGGGGAGCUCCCCGGGGCCUCCGCCCCGCUGUCGCCCUGUGGCCCGGGCAGCAGGGAACUGCAGAGCAGCCGCGCGGGCAGCUCCUCGGCCUGCUACGCCAGGGCCAUGGACCUUCCCGGGGCGCCCGACCCUGCGCCAGUCCAGGACGCUGGCCUGCUCUCCCUCUCCUGGCACCUGAGGGAGCUGUACUCCAGCGGGCCGGCCAAGCUGCCCCGGGCGCCCUCGCCUCCGCAGGCUGGCCCUGACGUGGACGUGGGCGAGCCGGAUGCCCCUCGGGACAGGGAGCGCCUCCUGCUGAGCACCUACUUCCAGCUGCCCGGGGUCCCGCGGGGGCUCGAGCGGGCCCCCUCUCCCGAGGCCGGCCAGGCCAGCGGCAGCAGGGAGGGGCCGAGGAUGGACGUGCAGGCCACCUCCACGCCGGUGCGGGCAGCCAGCCCGCCGCCCCCCGGGGCCACCAACCCCUCGCGGGAGAUCCAGGAGGGCACCUUCGCCGGGUGCUGUUUCCACCGGGACGGCUCACAGCUGAGUGUGCAGUUCGAAGUGAGGCGCGUGGAGCUGCAGGGCGCCACCACCCUCUUCUGCUGCUGGCUGGUGAAGGACUCGGCUGCCCGCACCCGCCUGCUGCUGGCCAGCCUGCCGGGCUCGUCCCUGUCCACAUGGGAGCCGCCCAUGUCCAGCCCGGGCGAGGUGCUCCGGGCCAGGCCCUGGUUUGAGGAGGUGCCUGCGGCGGCUGCGGGGCUGGAAGGGCUGGCGGCCUGGGAGGGCGCCUACUCCCUCAAGUACAGCACGCAGAGCCCGUUGGGCAGCGGAGCCUUUGGCUUCGUGUGGACGGCGGUGGACAAGGAGGCGAACAGGGAGGUGGUGGUGAAGUUCAUCAGGAAGGAGAAGGUCCUGGAGGACUGCUGGGUGGAGGACCCCGAGCUGGGGCGCGUGACGCUGGAGAUCGCCAUCCUGUCCCGGGUGGAGCAUGCCAACAUCAUCAAGCUGCUGGACGUGUUCGAAAACCAGAGCUUCUUCCAGCUGGUGAUGGAGAAGCACGGCUCCGGCCUGGACCUCUUCGCCUUCAUCGAGCGCCACCCCCAGCUGGACGAGCCCCUGGCGAGCCACAUCUUCCGGCAGCUGGUGGCGGCCGUGGGCUACCUGCGCGGCCGAGGCGUGCUGCACCGCGACAUCAAGGACGAGAACGUCGUAAUCGCCGAGGACUUCUCCAUUAAGCUCAUCGACUUUGGCUCGGCCGCCUACCUGGAGCGGGGCAGGCUCUUCUACACCUUCUGCGGCACCAUCGAGUACUGCGCGCCUGAGGUCCUUCUGGGACACCCUUACCAGGGGCCGGAGCUGGAGAUGUGGUCGCUGGGCGUCACGCUGUACACACUGGUCUUUGAGGAGAACCCCUUCUGUGAGUUGGAGGAGACCAUAGAGGCGGCGAUCAGCCCCCCAUACCUGGUGUCGGAAGCGCUCAUGAGCCUGGUGUCGGGGCUGCUGCAGCCUGCCCCUGAGCGACGCACCACACUGGACAAGCUGGCCGUGGACCCCUGGGUGACGCAGCCUGUGGACCUCACCCGCUACACCUGGGACGAGGUGUGCCGCCUCCACAGGCCAGGAAGUGGAGUCCUGUCCCCUGCGAGCCCAUGAGCUCUGACACGGGAGCCGCCUGCCAGCUGCCCAGCACCAGCCUAGCUUACAUGGGACGGUGCCCCAGAACCCCUGCAGGGGCAGUGCCCUGGCCCCAACAGCCCCGUGAGGCCCCCACAUCGCCAGCAGCAGCGCUGCCCUGUGAGGGGCUACCAUGGGCUGCCUGGGCCCUGCUGGGUGGGGUCAGCCCAGGCCCCCGCCUUGCGGUGGAGCUGCAGGUUUUCCAGAUUAAAGCUCCUGUAAGCGAGUGGCCACUGAGUCUUCCUCAUGGGGGGGCACUGGCGCCCCUCUUCCAUCUCUGCACCCCCACUUGCCACAGCCAAAGAGGGUCAGUUUCAGUCAGGCAGGGGUCCCCCCCAGGCUCCGAAGCAGGUCAGCUGGCAGGAGGGGUUCUGGGGCUCCCCUUUGUGCAGCGGGCUCUUGUAGUGGGAUAGGG